AGACGCGGCUGUGCAUUUGUAGUCUUGUGCUUCAUCUUUGAAAAUUGAACGGUGCAACGUGUUUCUACACAUCUACACAAAGGAACUGCAUAUUUCUACAUCUGACUUCUCUCAUCGUACAACAGAAACGCGGCUGUGUGUGUUUGUACUCCUGCGACUUCAUUUUUGAAAAUUGAACGGUGCAACAUGUUUCUACGCAAGGGAACUGCAUAUUUCUACAUCGAUCCUCUCUCGUCGUACGACAGGAAGAGCGCAAGCGACGAGCGACCAGGAUCCCUCGUAGGACGAGCUUGAAAAAGGGGGUCCGAUUUAUUUUCGCAGCCUCCUCCUAAACCGCAAACUGCCAGCAACUUACAUCGAGUACUCGGCGGCCGGAGAGAGGGAGAACACAGCGAUAAAACUACAUUCGCGCUCUCUCGUCGCUCAGUGCUACUCACGGUGUACAUACAUACGCAUCGCUUAGUGACGUCAGAGUCUGAAAAGGCUGACAGCGCGCUGCUCCGAUCUCGAGCUCGAGCGCGGCGAGUAGCGGCGAGUAUAGCGGACGACGAGGAGGAGUCGCGCGCAGAAGCGGUGACGCUGGCUCGAGGAAGCGAGAAGGAGAGCAGGAAUUUCUGCCGCGGAAGAAGGAGGACGGAUCAUACGCGCCGACGCUGACGGAAGCGAGAGAGAAGAACGGCUAAGCGGGGGCUCCUCGUUAUAAUGCAACGGGAGCGACGAGGAGAGGAACGUGGCGAACGGCCAAUCGGACGUAGGGCGUAGGUGUAGGUCUCGCCUCGAGCCGCAUUCGUCAUCGGCAUCGGCCGGCGACGAGCAGGACAGAGGUACGCGCUCGAUGGAGGUUAGGUACGUGCGAGCCAGAGGCGAUAGGGUUGAGUGCCAGAACUGUCAGUGCUGCGUAUCGUGAAGCCACCGAGUGCGAAGCCACCACCUCGUUCACUCUAAACGGAGUCGGGAAAAUGUCAAGCAGCGUGUGCCACGCGCCCCUGCCAGUCCGAAUGGAAGCGUUCACCACGAGGCUCUGCCUGCGUGCGGUCGACCAGUAUGAGCGGCUUCUUCAGACGCACUUCAACAAGCCCUCGAGCAAGGAACAGACCCGAUUGAGCAAUCAUGAUUCGACGGGCAGCGGCGACAAGGAUCACCGUCGGCAGAAGGAUGGGCUCAGCAGCGGAGGCGGCGGCAGCGGCAGCGGUAGCAGUAGCAGUAGCAACAGCACAUACAGCGCUUUCCGUCAAUGGCGACGAAGCACCUCGAUGGGCUCCCAUAGCAGCCGCUCCAGCAGUGCCGGCUCCAGCAGAUCGUCCCACUUGUUCAACAAAUUGCCCAAUGAUCCAGCCAUCAUGCGGAAGAUGGAACAGUUUCCCCUGGUCCUGUCGGACGCGACGAUGCCGGACGAUGCCGAUCUCUCUUUGAAAUUCCUCGCCCUGAAUGCUCUGGACUUGACGGCGCCGGCGAGUGAUGUGCUGCUGAAGAAUCGAUUAAAGUCCUGGUUUCAAUUGUCGGGUCAUCCGGAUGGUUUCGCGCCCGCCGGGCCGGGCACCGUCUGGAAAAGGAAGACGGGUGGCGCCGAGAAUACGGAGAGCAACGUGUAUGAGAUCCUGAGCAAAGAGGAAGCGUUGCGGGAUUGCAUACCGAGAUAUUACCGAGAGGUCGAAUACAAGGGCGAUACGUUCAUCGAACUGCAGGAUUUACUGUUUGGUUACAAUGAUCCCCACGUGAUGGACAUCAAGAUGGGCACGCGGACCUUCCUCGAGUCCGAGGUAUCCAAAAUUAUCGCCAGGCCGGAUCUCUAUGAGAAGAUGAUAGCCGUUGAUCCGGACGCGCCGACCCAGUUGGAGCACGAGCAACGCGCCGUAACCAAGUUACGGUAUAUGCAAUUCCGCGAGCAACAGAGCUCGACCUGCAGCCACGGUUUUCGCAUCGAGGCGAUGAAACUGCCGGGUGAGCCACCGAUCACCGAUCUUAAAAAGGUCAAGUCGCACUCGGAAGUACUCAACACCAUAAGACAGUUUCUUGGUAGACGCGAGGACACCCGUCAGAAAAUCCUUGAACGCCUCAAAACUUUACGAACCAAGGUCGAGGAGUCCGAGUAUUUUAAAACCCAUGAGGUAAUCGGCAGUAGUAUCUUCGUGAUCUACGAUGACGAAAAGGUGGGCGUUUGGCUAAUAGAUUUCGCAAAGACACGCAAAGUACCGAACGGACGGAAGCUAACGCACAGACGUCCUUGGGAGGAAGGCAACCACGAAGAGGGUUUCCUAUUUGGAUUGGACAAUUUAAUUUCGACCGUGGAAGAAAUUCCUUUCUCCAUAAAUACUGAAUCAAACGGCAAAGUUUAGAGACAUUUCUCUGCGCUAUGAAACAAAAUAUUUCUUGUACGUGUAACGAGAGAAAAAGUAUUUGUAUUCCGCCAUUUUUCUAUCUGUCUAAAUAGUCUUCAAUUCAAUAGUCAUCAAUGUCAUCAAAUUUGAAAAAGAGUAUAUUAUAUAGGCAAGAAGUUGACAGUCAAAAAGUGAUAUACCAAUACUUGCUUCGCUCAUUUUCUGGUCCUGUCACAAGUUUCCGACGUGUUCAUUAUUUAUGUCAUCGAUAUAUAAUGUAUAUUGGUAUUUUAACAUGAAAGACUGCUUUUUAUUGCAUUUUGCGCGCAUUUUUGUAAGAAAUAUAUCUUGAAAUUCGCAUUACUCUGUGUACAAACGAUCGUGUAAUGUACAAAAGUAGCGUUUAAGAUAUCGAUAAGUAACCUACAACACGUGUAAACUAGGCGAAACUUAUUUAUGAGGAGUGCUUAUAUACGUUAUACGAAUAAUAAUAAUACGUUCUUACUUUUUUUUUUAAAGAGUACUCGUCGUGUCUUCGAUCGCUUCGUGUGUCUGAACUUGUAGUAAGGAAUAAAUAAUCUUCGUAUACGUUUAUGUAAAUUAGUUUUUCUAUUUUAGAUACAUUAGCGUUUCCUUAUAAGAAAAUCACAAAUUCGAUACCUUUGUAUAAUUAAAGUGUCGUGUAAUUAAAACAUCUUUAUAAAUGAU